CCCGCAUAUCCGGAGACAUUAACGCGUCCACUCGGAACACGUUCGACAGAUUAAAGAAAAAUUUCGGUCCAGCCAGCUUCCCUUUCCAAAAAUUAUCACCAACCCGAAAUUUCUCUGUAGAUCAUAUAAUUUUCGUUUAAUUAUCUUAAAACAGGUUUUCUGGUCCAUCGAUCUUGUGUCCUUCGAAUCAUGCAUAUUUACACAAAGUUUGACAUCUGUCACAUACACGUCUAAUGCUCGAGGAAAAAGAUCAUAGGAAUUCUCGAUAAUCGAAAAAAACCAAAAAAAUCUUAGUAAUAAUAUCAGACACCAGGAGGGGACGUGUAGGUUUCCCGGUAAGGGUGCAAUUUGGUCCAUCCACCCGUUUUCUUGUCUGUCGAGUGGAAGGAUUCGCGUUAAGGGUGGUUAAGGUCGUCGGUACGAGGGUGAAGAGGUCAAAGGGCAAAGCAGUGGGGAUACCAAGGAUAAAGAACCAGGGUAAUAACAAGAACGAAUAAAACUGAAGAACGAACUGUGCCUCGGCAAGUGUUAUCGUGUCUGUUAAAAGUUAAAAGAAAAUUGACAUCCAGUGUCAGAAGCAGAACAGACUGGCCAAGGAUCGGUGGCAGAUAGGAGAGGAUCCCAGGCUCUCGAUGGGGUUCAGGAAAAAGUAGUGAUUGGCAGGCAGAACGGGGUUGGAAAAGGGCGUGUGGCGGUGGACAGAGAGAGAGAGAGAGAAAGAGAGAGUAGUAGGUAGUAGUAGGUACUAGUCGAAGCGCGGAGAGUUGAAAAUAUGAGAUCUGCUGCAAGGGACCACCUAGCCAGCCAGCCUCCGGUUCUUUCCUAAAUCCCCACUGCUGCUGUACGAAUCCCACUCUGGAUCCUCGCGUCGAGAUCGGGCGUUUUGUUCGCUUGGUGGGGAUAGACCACGGGUCCCUAUUGGCUCGCCAAGGGGCUGGCCUACCCUUCCAAGUGUACCGGGUUGCCGCCCAUCCCCUCCACUGUCUCCGCGCCUCCUCCAGGCAUUGCAUCGGUCGUUCGGUAGCUCUUAGUUUCAGGUUAGGAGCCUGCUAGGACGGGUCUCUCUUGAAAUACGAACGGAGCUCGCACAACCGAUAGCCCCUGACCAAACAAUAAAAAAUAAUAAUAAUAACAGUAACUCUUUUUCCACCCCAUUGACAAGCGAGCCUCGAACGUCGUGAACGGACCCCCCCUUCCCCCGGCCGAGAAGCGUGCUCGUGACCGGACGUGCAUCGAUCAACAACAACAUCCAGCCAGCAGCUUACGGGGAAUCGCAUCGCUCUACGACGUGACGUUCUCCACGAGGAUCUUCGCCGUUAAGUGCUUCGAGAUCGAAUCCUCCUGGUAGGACGGAGUAGGAAAGAUUUGGUCAGAGACACAGAGGCUGGAAGUGCUGCCUGUCCUGUGCUGUGCGUGUGUGCAUGAGAGAGAGAGAGAGAGAGGAUUUCGAAAGGAAGAACGAGCGAAAGGGACGAAGAGAUAACGUACCGCAAGAGGAUAUGCGAUAAGUGCGACAGGAUUACGAUCGUGGGCAUAGAGAGAGAGAGAGAGAGAUAUAUAUAUAUAUAUAGAAGAGGAAGAAGAGAGAUACGAGAAACAACAAACAGUUAAACCGAAGGAGGCAGCUGGUGUGACCUUGUGACAGUGAUCGGGUUCUCUGAAAUCUGGCUAACGAGUGCGGUGUAAAAGUGCGCGUAUUCGCCUUGACGUCAGUGAACAAUCGUUGUUGGUGAAAUCUUAAAGAUUCAGUCCGAAUAUCGUGCUGCCUCCGUUGCGCGCGGAGCCACGACGUUCCGAUGCGGUGGUCAACGUGAUACGCGCGCUCGAAGUGAAAAUAAAAGGCCAUAAUCUGGCUUAUGGUAACGCGGAACGUGUCCUCCUACUCCCUACUCUGUUGCCUCUAGUUCGCUCGGGCGUCCGGUGGCAAGCGGCCGGGUUCACACCGGCGCGAAACCGUACGCAUGAUCCGUCAUCGGGAAAAGCGCGCACCUCUUAUCACCGAUAAGGGAAAGUGAUGACACCGCAUCAUCGGACCGCGUACGAGAGAGAGAGGCGCGAACCCCAGUGAGCAAGGGGUUGUGGCAAGACAGUGAUAGACGGAUCCCGGUCACCGAACGAGUGUCAAUGUGUCCAGGGGUGACCGGACCCAGGAGGAGGUAGAUUGCGAGUUGACAGUGAAGGAGAGAAGGCGGCUCAGGAAACUCGGUGAAACUCCUCGUGAAGAUAUCACGUCGGGAGAUUGAAUCGGGGAAGAGUGAGUGUAGUGAACGGACUCGGUAACGGCUAGUGACACGUUGAAGAUCCCGAGGAAGACAUCACGUGGACGUUCAAGGAGACGUGGGAGAAGAAGAAGCCAAAGGAUUGACGACGUGUUUUGGAUCCUUCGGAGAAGCUGGAAGCCGUCAAAGUGGCUUCGUCACUCGGGCUCCAGGGGCCUUCAGCGCCGAUCGGGGCCCAGCUAUUGGCUUCUGGUGCCGAGGAUGCGUCCACGACAGUCUACCACGCCAAUCUGGUAGCCGGAAGUAACAGCUCCGUCACUGCGGCACUCCAGCAACCCCUCGGAUCUCUAAAUUCGGCGGCCCUCGCAAGCAUGCAGGCCUCUACGGAGGCCAAUUCCCUCGAUCUUCAAGCAAUGCAGUCCAUGGACUGGCUCUUCAAGAAAGAAAGGAUCUACCUCCUCGCACAAUUUUGGCAACAGAGAGCUACUUUAGCAGAGAAGGAAGUGACUGCCCUGAAGGAGCAGCUUGCAGCGGCGAGCGAUGGCACCCCUAAGACUGAGGGGCAACAAAUGCCCCAGACACCCCAGGCUCUGGAACAGGUUCACGACAUGGGUAACUCCCGUAGGACGCCGAACAGCAACCUGGAACAGGAACUUCAAGCCAAGGACAAAGAGAUCGGACAACUCGCCGAGGAAGUGUCGAGGCUUCAGCAAAGUCUUCAGCGGCUCCAGGAGACGAGCGCCCAGGCGACGGCGCGUCUCGAGGAGGAACUCGAGGCCAGGAGACAACACAUAAACAGACUGGAAAGUAAACUCGAGAGACAACGGGAUUACGAGGAUCUCAAACGCGAAAUCAGCGUCCUGAGGUCCGUCGACUUGUCGCAAAUCCCGACCGGCGAACCUGGCAAAAGUCUCGAGCAUCUCCUGAUGGAACGUUCGAAGGCCUUGCAGCAGGCGGAAAUCCUCAAGCCACCGAGCACACCGGAUGCUCUCGGUGGAUUGUCGUCACCCCUGCAGCGCGCCGCGACCGCCUCGCCCCACGGCGGCACUGCGCCAUCCACCCUCAUAUCCCAAGCACUCCCAAACCGCUCUACCCCGACACCCUCGUCAGCCACCUCGACGAGUUCGAGUCUCCUUUUCCCGCCACCUCUCCAAAACGUCGAGACGUUCGGCUCGUUCCUCGGCGAGGAGAUCGUCGCCAACUGGAGGCGCUCCCUGGAGAGGUCGAUCAUGAGCCAGCAGCAACCCCAAGUGCAAUCCCAAAGCCAGCAGCAGCCGGUAGCUGCCUUACACCCGCCGACAACACCGAGUCUAAACCACCUUCCGUCGCCAACAGAUCCUACGUCAAGCUCGACGCCGGCCAAGUCGAGCACGCCCCUAGGAAGUGGUCUGGACGCCUCGGAGAAAGCACCGACGCCGAUACCGGGACACGAAACACCGGCGCCGCCGACGCCCUCGUCGACCACGGCUCUCACGUCGCCAUCGGCUCUGCAACCACCUCACGAACCCUCGGUCAACGGGGCGCCGCCGCCAAAGAGUCCCGCCGAGGAGUCCUGCCACCACAACAACAACAACAAUUCGCAUCACCUGACCAACAACAACAUCGGAAGUACCGGUAUCGGGGGAGGUGGAGGUGGCGGCGGGGGCGGAGGAGGAGGAGGAGCCGGUACCGGUGGCCUCAGCGUACUGGACACCCUCAAGAGUCCCUUUCGCUUCGACGACCGGACCCAUCCAUUCCGAUUUGGGGACGAAUUCGGCGCCGCCGGUAUGGCCGGCCGUCUCGGAGAGUCGCUCAUACCCAAGGGCGAUCCCAUGGAGGCACGGCUCCAGGAGAUGCUGCGAUACAACAUGGACAAGUACGCCUCGCAAAAUCUCGACACCCUACACAUUGCCAGGAGAGUGCGGGAGCUUCUCUCGAUACACAACAUUGGCCAGAGGCUCUUUGCCAAGUACGUACUUGGCCUAAGCCAGGGCACCGUUAGCGAGCUUCUCAGCAAGCCCAAACCCUGGGACAAACUGACUGAGAAGGGUCGCGACAGCUAUCGCAAGAUGCACGGCUGGGCUUGCGAUGACAACGCCGUUAUGCUGCUCAAGUCUCUCAUACCCAAGAAAGAGUAUGUUUCAGGCAAGGAGCAGGGAAUGCCGGCUUUCGCCAGAGGUCCUCAGGACGGUGGUCCACCCGAUAUGAGCGACGAGAGGCUGGCCCACAUCCUCUCGGAAUCAGGACACCUGCAGAUGAGAGGGGAGCACGAGAUGUCGAACGACGCCGACAGCAAGAGUCCCAGUAGGGUCGGCUGUCCAAGUCCUUUCGGCAAGGAUCGGCUGGACAGCCAAAACAGGAGACUGAAGAAGUACGAGAACGAUGACAUUCCCCAGGAGAAGGUUGUGAGGAUCUAUCAGGAGGAGCUGGCGAAACUCAUGGGAAGAAGGGUCGAUGACGUAAGAGGACCUCGUGAUUUUCCCCCGAGUGGCGCCCAGGGUCUCCAGGGUAUGGAGAGGACUCAGGAGGAGAUAAGGCUGGCGUUGGAUGCCUAUCACCGUGAACUCCAAAAGUUGAACACGGCACCAGGGCAGAAUCCAGCGUUGGCGGGACUUCCAGGACUUCCAGGAUUGCCAGGACUGCUGGCGCUGCAACAGCAGGCUCUUCAGCAGCAUCAUCUGGCCGCGAACGGCGGUGGCGUGCAAGACCUUAGUCUGGGUAAGGUCGACCCCAGGAGCAAGAUGAUGAACGGAGUCUCCGAGGAAGAAAAAGAAAAGAUGGAAGAGGCUAUGAGGCACGCUGGGAGUGCUUUCUCUUUGGUCCGACCCAAGCAGGAACCCAGCGGACCCCAAUCUACCCCUGGUGGCUCCAGUGCCAGUUCACCCCUUGGCAAUUCCAUACUUCCACCUGCCAUGACGCCCAGUGAAGAAUUCUCAGGAGCAGCAGCCGCGAGUCCACUCCAGAGGAUGGCUUCCAUUACAAACAGUCUGAUCAGCCAACCGUCCACACCGACUCAUCAUUCAUCCAAUCAACGUCCACUGAAGGCAGUCCUUCCACCGAUAACGCAGCAGCAGUUCGAUAUGUACAACAACCUCAACACAGAAGACAUUGUCAAGAGGGUACGUAUGCUUGUGAAGGAACAGCUCUCGCAGUACUCAAUUUCUCAACGUCUCUUCGGCGAGUCCGUCCUGGGACUGUCUCAGGGCUCGGUCUCUGACCUUCUGGCGCGUCCUAAGCCCUGGCACAUGCUUACGCAAAAGGGUCGGGAGCCUUUCAUUCGUAUGAAGAUGUUCCUCGAGGAUGACAACGCUGUACAUAAGCUCGUUGCUAGCCAAUAUAAGAUCGCCCCAGAGAAGCUCAUGAGGACCGGCGGCUACGGCGGCCUGCCUCGUAAGUUUAACUCAGCGUGUGGAACGCCCAUGAAACCGAUGCCCCCGACGAAGUUGGUCCAGGAACAGCUUCAGAACGCUGCCAAGGCACAGGCGGCGGCGCAGGCUGCGGCACAAGCAGCCGUUCAGCAUCAGCAGGAGACCCAAAUGCAGCUUGGACCACCUCAACAAAGUCCGCAGCAUCCCCAGCAUCCCCAGCAUCCUCAGCCACCUCCGCCGAUGAUGCUGACUCCCCCUGGACCUCAUCAUCCGCACGGACAAAUAAGCAUGCAGGAGCUACAGAAGAAACAGCAACAGAUGAGUCUUCACUCUCCGCAUCAUCAGAUGACACCGUCUCCACUUCGCAGUUUGCAUCCUCACAUCUCCCCGAGUGUUUACGAGAUGGCUGCCCUUACUCAGGAUCUGGAUACGCAGACCAUCACGACGAAGAUCAAGGAGGCACUUCUCGCGAAUAAUAUCGGACAGAAAAUAUUCGGUGAGGCUGUUCUGGGCCUUUCGCAAGGAUCCGUCAGUGAGUUACUGAGCAAACCUAAACCUUGGCAUAUGUUGAGCAUCAAGGGUCGAGAACCCUUCAUCAGGAUGCAACUCUGGCUCUCCGAUGCGCACAACGUAGACAGACUGCAGGCUUUGAAGAACGAGAGAAGGGAAGCUAACAAGAGGCGGCGCAGCAGUGGACCCGGUCACGAUAACAGUUCGGAUACCUCGAGUAACGACACAGCUGAGUUCUACCACGCGGCGUCCCCGGGUCCUGGACCGGCGUCAGCCAAAAAACAGAGGGUCCUGUUCUCUGAGGAGCAGAAGGAGGCGCUGAGACUAGCAUUCGCUCUUGAUCCCUAUCCCAAUGUUGCCACGAUAGAGUUCCUGGCGAGUGAAUUAGCCCUAUCAUCCAGAACGAUAACGAACUGGUUUCACAAUCAUAGGAUGAGGUUGAAACAGCAAACGCCACACGGGCAACCAGAGCCUCAAUCGCCUCGGGAACCUGGACAGCCCUUUGACCCGGUUCAAUUCAGACUGCUUCUAAACCAAAGAUUACUAGAGAUCCAGAAGGAGAGGUUGGGUCUGGGUAACAUGCCCAUCCCUUACUCGCCAUACUUCAACCCUAAUCUAGCCGCUCUGGUGGGCAACGCUCUUAAGGAGCAAUGUUCGGGUCUAGACCUCUCAAUGGGAGCCCUUAAAAGGGAGCCUAAUCAAGAAUUCGAGGACGAAGAUGCUGAGGAUGCCAUGAGCAAUCUAGGUAGCGAAGACUCGGACGGUUCGGCUGGUAGCAUAAAGCGAGAACCGACGGAGACGCCGGCACCGACGACUGCCAGAUCAAAUCGGAGAAAACCAGCAGCGCCUCAGUGGGUCAAUCCCGAGUGGCAGGAGCCAGCGAGAACCGGUGACGAGGUCAUCAUCAACGGGGUCUGCGUAAUGCAGACCGACGACUAUGGCGUCAAGAGAGAAGCUGAAGAAACCGUAAGAGUUGAGCCGACGCCAGUUCAAGACAGAUACGAGGAGGACGCCCAAAGCGACGUAUCCUCCGUAUCCGGGAACAACGGUCAGGAUAGGGACAGUCCCAUGCCAAGUCUAAAAUCAGGACAGAACAGUCCAGCGACCUCGCCGAGGCCGCCAUCCGUGCAACAGACACAACAGUCGACGGAGGAAAGUCCGAAGGACGUGGUGAAACACGAACCCGAGGAAACGGCUUGGGAUUACUAAAGAAAAUCUCCAUUCUAAAGACUCUCGGCGAGGACCUAGAACAAUACGCGUGAUGUAGCCGGUAGCACCACCCUUGCCAGUAUAAAUUCCCAUUAAGGCGUGAAGCGUCAGCCAGGGAACUAAAUAAAAGAAUUACAAAAAUAACCAGCGAUAGGAUAUCAGUGCCAGUGCCGUAUCCUGCCUACGUGACGAGGGCAUUAUGAUCCUGUAAAGUGCGAUUAGAAUUGCGCACUAGCGAGGACUUCCUCCCGAGGUGAUCAGCAGCUUGACACGACCAGUGCCGUAAUGUAGUGAGUGUCAGCGGGUAGUGCGCGUACCGAGAGACAGAGCGAAAUCAAAAGAAAAAGAAAUGAGAAAGAUACAAAAAAGAAAUGAAAGAAAGGAAAACGUGUACGAAGUAAACAAGCGAAGAAUAACAAUCGUAAAGAUACGUACAGCUAAUAGAAAAGUGACUAAAACUUGCAAUUAGUGAGAGUGAUACUCGUGUUCGGUGCAUUCGGUGGGAUAGGCAUUACCGCAUAUACGCUCUGUAUAUAUAUACAUGGACAUCGCGUGUCGCGACGCCGAGCGUCGAAAUUACGCGGACGCGCCGCCAUCACGGUAGCGACUCGAAUCCCACCGAGAGACUAAUCGCUUAUUUUCAUCACCCGGGGUAUCCACGAAAAUCAUUGCCGUCAUCCCGAUGCCGAUGAUCGGGAUGCAGCCCGCCGGCCCUUCGAAGCUAUUGGGCGGUGCUUCCUUCGAAAGGCGUCGCUACGCCCUGACGUCACCAGACGACAGGACAGUCCACCCUCGUAGAAGAGAAGCAGUAACUGUUCAAGGGCCACCACAGUGCAAUCUCCCGUAAACGUUGUUAGAUCAAAUCAUUAUUAAUUUUUAAUUAAAUUAAAUAGAGCGAGUGCGUAUGACUGACUGAACGAAUGGAUGACUACGUGUGCGAGAAGGAGAGAGAGCGUGUCUGCAAGAGCGAGUUGAAGGAGCAAUUGCAUAAUUGUGAUUCAUGUUAUCGUUUAUAUCGGCCUCUAGUGGUUAAGCUGUUGAUGUUAUAUUUCUCUCACGUUACGUAUCGCUUCUUCAUCUUUUUUUUCAUUCUUUUUCUUUUUUUUCUUCUCUUCCUUCUCUAAUUCAUCCUUCCACCUGUACCCCUCGUUUCCCACUUCCUCACUCCAAAUCCCCAUUUAUUCGUAACACUCUCGAUCCUCGCUCCCAAGAUGCUUCACCAUUAUUUAUAAAAAGCACGCAAGAAAAAACAAUGAUAAAGAACACUUAAGCCCGUUACCAUUGUUAUCGAUACUUCUAUUACGAUUAUCAGUUAUCCCUACUAUUACUGCUAUUGCUAUUAGUUUACUUCAUUAUUAUUAGAAUACUUUAUUAAUCGAUAUUGAUAAUUAAAUUACACGGUCGAACGACGUCGCUACGACGCUUUCUAGCCAAAAGGAGAGACAACCGAGAUAAAACGAAGUUUAAAGUUUAAGCGUCGACAAUUUUAUCUUUGCCCCUUUUCUAUUCUUAUAUUUUACGGAAAAAAAAAAUCGACGUACAGCCAAUGGCGACGUGGCCAUUCUGUAGCCGAAACAAUGCAAACGAUCGCCAAGAGUACCGAUGACUAUUGAUAUCACUAUUGUGAAUUCACACUAUAUACUAUUUUAUUAUUAUUAUUAUCACGAUCAUUAUUACUAUUAUUAUUAUUGUCGCCUAUUAUUCACGAAUAUUCUGAUUCUGAAUCUUUAUUAUUAUUGAUUAUAUUAAUUAUUAUUGCUAUUGUAAUAUUAUUAUUAUUAUAUUAUUAUCGCGAAAACGAAAAUGGCUUCUGAAGCCAAUGUGAUAGAGCUUACGUGCGACGACAGAGAAUUAAAAGAGAAAGAGAAAAAAGAGAUUGGGCCAUAUGGGUUUCAUAAAAUCCUUAUGGUACGAGAACUUUAUAUUAUGGGUAUUUGUGCGUGCGUGUGUGCGUGUGUGCGUGUGUGCGCGUGCGGGUAACAAUGAAAAUGCGAUGUGAACGUGCGUACAUUAGUAUUGCGGUUUCUUAACUCACCCGUGUAAAUAAUUGUACAAAAAGAAUAUUGAAAUCCCAGUACUCGUUCAAGAAACAGGCCCCAAGAUAGACAGGAGACAGGCGAUAGCGAGUGGGCACACAUUGUAUAUUAUAUACUAUUACUUAUUACUCUUGAAAUCCUGAGAGCACGGAGUAUAAUGCCGAGUUGUAUGAUAGUAAGUGAGUGAAAGAGAGUGAGUAAGUGAGUCUGAGAGAGAGAGAGAGAGAGAGAGAGAGAGAGAGAGAGAGCCACGACUUUGGCCUACCACAAGGACGAAAAAAUUAAAGAUAAAAAGAUUUUCAAAGAUUUAGCUGUCCUUGUGGGGGGAGGGGGGGGAUUGCGUGAGAGUGAAUGAGACUUGCGAGGGAAAGAGAAUGAGUGCAAGAGAGAGUGAGAGAGAACGUAACGAGUGAUGUUUGGGCAAAAGAAAAAUUGGAAAAAUAAGUACAAGAGAGAGAGAGAGAGAGAGAGAGAGAGAGAGAGAGCCACGACUUUGGCCUACCACAAGGACGAAAAAAUUAAAGAUAAAAAGAUUUUCAAAGAUUUAGCUGUCCUUGUGGGGGGAGGGGGGGGAUUGCGUGAGAGUGAAUGAGACUUGCGAGGGAAAGAGAAUGAGUGCAAGAGAGAGUGAGAGAGAACGUAACGAGUGAUGUUUGGGCAAAAGAAAAAUUGGAAAAAUAAGUACAAGAGAGAGAGAGAGAGAGAGAGAGAGAGAGAGAGAGCCACGACUUUGGCCUACCACAAGGACGAAAAAAUUAAAGAUAAAAAGAUUUUCAAAGAUUUAGCUGUCCUUGUGGGGGGAGGGGGGGGAUUGCGUGAGAGUGAAUGAGACUUGCGAGGGAAAGAGAAUGAGUGCAAGAGAGAGUGAGAGAGAACGUAACGAGUGAUGUUUGGGCAAAAGAAAAAUUGGAAAAAUAAGUACAAGAGAGAGAGAGAGAGAGAGAGAGAGAGAGAGAGAGCGAGAGAGAGAGAGAGAGAGAGAGAGAGAGGGUAGAAAAAGGACGAGAGACAAACGUUAUCCUCGAUAUUACGAAUCAAACUAGUAUUUACCAGAUUAAGUCACGUUUAAUCUCCGAUUAAAUUCUAGUCCGCAGCUUAAAAAGAAAAAUAAUUAAAAAAAAAAAGAGAGAACUUAAGAAAGAGCGCGAAUGUCGUUCCCACGUGUGCGAGAAGAAAUGCGAGUAUGACUCUGAGAGUGUUUGAAUUUGCGAAAGAUCUGGGAAAAUUGAUUUUAGAAAGAGGAAGGGCAUUGCAAAUGAAAGACCAGUGAUCGACUUUUUAUUUUAUUUUUUUUUUUUUUGUAUUUUCAUCUCGUUUAAGAUUCUUACAACGUUUUAUCAUAUAGACGAGUACGUAACGCGACGAUAACGUAUUUGUACAUAAGAAUUAACAAGCGAAAGCGACGUCUCGUUAACACUUAAUGAAACAAGAAGUAAAAAGGCACUAAACUUUGCAAUAGAAGAGAAGUGGAAGGACGGUUUAGUGAUUUUUGAUAAGUAUCAUCAUCGAUCGCUAACAGUUGACAGGGUCAUCGAUAACAAUUGGCGAUAGGGCAAAGUAUUGAGAAUGGCAUAAUACGUCAAAGAGGAACAACGAUAAAAAAAAAACAACACAAUAAAGAGGAAAAGAACUACGAUCUCAAAACACUAAUACCAAACUAAAUUAUUUAAAUUGACUUAGCCUAAAUACCAUUUCUCUGACUUUUUUUUCUUCAUUUUUUUUCUUCUUCUUCCAUAUUCUUCAAUCACGAGGAUCCAUAUUACAGAUCUUUGGUUGUCGCGCAAACUACUGCAUUCGCGUUGCAUCACGUGCCACCAAGGGCUCAGCUGAAGUCACCGAGAGUAAAAUCAAACCGGGGUCAAAGGUCAGGUCGGGAGGACUUUUUCAGCUGCCGGUGAUGGGAAUGACCUCGUACGACAGGAGACUUUAACGCCUGGCGUUAUCAUCCCCUUGUUAGAAUCGCACGGAUCCUCGCGUCCCGUCACUCUUAUCACAGCUAUCUUAUCAGUAUAUUUUCCUUGAGGAUGACGCGAUGCGAUUUCCGGUUUUGGAUACUUUUCAUCAUUGGCAGCUGUUAAUCGUCGAUUUAACGAUGAGAUCCAAUAAUCAUCCCUUAGGACAAACGACAUUGGCACUGAUGUCCAGGUUCUUGUAGAUAUUCAAUUAGCGACUAGAUAGACGAUAGCUUUAAUUAUUUAACGGUACAGCUUUUAAUCGGUGAAGAGUUUGAUAACGGGUGACAGAGUGAGAGAGGGAGGCUCGGGGGAUUGUCAGAGUGCGAGUGUGACAGUGAGAGUGAAAGUGGUGAGUGCACGAGGAUAGGAUGAGUAGAGGGAUGAUGAAAGAACGGGAUGUAAUAUAAUGAGAUGAAAAUGAGUUUAAAAAAAUAAGAAAAUUGGAAUCCGCUGCCACUGCCAUCGCCGACGCGAAGAAUGGUGGUGAGGAUGGUAGCGGGAAGACGCAAAGGAUGAAUUUACCGUUGUCGAGGAUAGGAGGAAGGAAAAUCAUAUCGUAAACCUAAUAAUGAAUAUUUUACAAAAUAAAUGUAGAUAGAGAUUCGGAAAUUAUCGAUGAAUCCCUCUUUAACCCCCCUGUCCGCCAAUCCAAAUUCCAAGAUUCCUCAAUUCCCGGGAAGUACCAGUGCGGUUUGGAAAACGAGUGGGACUUACACUUAUUGAAACCUUAAAGAAAAAUCCUACAUCGCCCUUAUCCAAGCCUCGAAUGCCGACAACCCGCCCCGUCACGGGACAUGCGUGAUGCGAAAAAAUAAUACGCAGAUAUACGAUCCAAAAAAAAAAGGAUGAAAAGACAGUGUCAUUCAGUAGUGAAAAUAAAAUGAAAAAAAUGUAUCGAAAGGGGAAAUACCUAAAGUAAUAGUUUAUUUGUAUUUCAUUUCGAACUGUAUUAUAGCUUAAAGAGUAUCCUGUACAUUACAUAAACACAACACAAGCACUAUUGUUUUAAAUUGUACGUUUAUGAUUAUUAUACGAAGAUAAAGAAGAAAAUAAAUAAGGUAUGCAAAAUA